GACCACAGUGUGUUGUCAAGGCAACGCUGCUCGUGUGUCAUCAGAAAUCGUGUUGUCAUGCAGAAACGGAAUGGCUAUGGAUCUGACGCUUGAUUUGAAGUCUCUUCAGUUUGAAAACGGACUCAGUGAAGAGGAGAAAGAGUGUGUUAUUCUGCGCAGUCGCUCUUCAGGGUUAGCAGUGUGCGGUUGUGCGCAUGCGCUGUUUCUCUGCAGACUCAUGUCUUUAGUCAGGGAUAAAUUAAACCAUCUAACCAAUAAAUCAGACCUGCAGACAGUGAAGAUUGGCAUUAUUGGAGGUGGACACGUGGGCAAACAGCUGGCACUUCUUUUACUGACUAUACCAGGCUUUAAACCGUCGAACAUUAACAUAUCGACUAAAAGACCAGACACACUGAGCGACUUCUCAAACAGAGGUGUCAGGUGUUAUUUUGAUAACCGCAGACUGGCCACUUGGGCAGACGUGAUCUUCCUCUGUGUGCUUCCCUCUCAUCUUCGUCAUGUAUGUGCUGAGCUUCACUCUCAGCUGCCUGCACGCUGCCUAGUGUACAGUUUCACCUCAGCAGUGCCGUUACACAGGUUGGCAUUACUUCUUGGUCACACAUUUAUUCUCAGACCUCAGUACAGUUUUAUGACCUGUGAUUCGGGUCACUUGUGGCUCCGCCAUAAUCAAGUGGCAGCAGCUCUAAAGGAUGAAGAAGUUCUGAGUGCAUCAUGCCCACUUUCAAUGACUGGUGGUCUCUGUUUGGAUCAGAGGUGGGUGUCUGCGGUGCUCUAUAUGCUCCUCAAUAUUUGCACUGCUGAGGGACUGAGGGCCAACCAAACUGUCCAGCUGCUCAAUGAGCUGUUUCAGGCAACAAUCCCAUCCGUAACUCUCACCUGCCAGAGCUUUGUCAACUCAUCCUGGGCAUCUACACUUAAUAAGUCUGAAGAGCCUUUCCCGUGGAUUAACUUGAUUGAUGUACAGACAAAACAGUCUCCUUUGACUUCUUGUCUCUCAGGAUGUAAAGAUUUACAAGACUGCAUUUCUGUGAUGUAUCAAAAAAUAUUUUCUGGCUGAAUUUAAAGAUUGAAACAAAGACAAAGUGUAAGGAAUCUGUUUUCUAACAACAGUUUUCCAGUUGCAUAAUAUUUGGCUAUAUAUACAGGUUGCCUCAUUAGAUCACGUGUAAACCACAAUGUUAAAAUAAGGUUAGGAUAAUUAGGCUCAUGAGAACAGUAAGAGUCUCUCAGUGGCCCUGAAAUAGUUCUGUAGCUCUCUGGAUAUUUAGUACCAUUUGGGGCCUUAUUACACUGAUUAUGAAACUGCACAAUUCAUUCAUUUCCUAGCAAAUGACACGUACUAAGAAAAAAAAAAUCAUGAUUUCAACAUGAUUAUGCAUUUGU